AUGUCAGAGGAGGAGAAGGAGGAGCACCAGAGUCUCCUGGAAGUCCAGUACACCAUUGCUGGACAGUGUGCUGGCAAUAAAGAAGUGGUUGCUGCACUGGAGGACAAGAAGGAGGUGCAGCACUGGGAAACAGGAAGGGAGGUGUGCUGCACUGAGGAACAGCAUGGUACAGAGAAUAAUAAAGUGAAAACUGUGGAAGGAGUGGUAACAAAGGCCUUUAGUGAUCAUGGCUGGAUUGAUGACUCCAUCUUCUUCCAUUAUGAGAAUGUGACUGGUGAUCUCCCUCUGAGAAUUGGACAGAGAGUUGUUGCAGUUGUGGAAGAACAUGAAACAAGUCUUGGAUGGAAAGCAAUCAAGUCUGUGGCUGUUUUAGAUUUUGAGCCUUACGAGGGUGACCUGAUGGAAGUUGUGUUUUCCUUUAAAACAGAAAUGCAGGACAGGAAGAUCAUCUCUGUGAAGCCUCUGAGAUACAGUCAUGUGAAACAGGUCUUCAUUACCAGUAUGUGUGGAAGAGAUGGGGUGGUGGACAACAAUAUCUUUUUCACCUUGGAUUCUCUGAAAAUUCCUGCUGGAUAUGUACCUCAGCUACAUGACCUUGUUAAUGUGCUGGUAGUGCAGAGUACUCAGCCUAGCUACUGUUGGAGAGCAAUCUCCAUGACCCCAGUGCACAUGGAAUAGAAACUGCACCUUUUAUUUUUCCUUUUAGGGACAGUGUAGGACCUCAUUUAAUGAAUA